UAAAGAUGGACAGAAAUGUAGAUGGAAAAGAUCAGUAUAAAUUCAAUUGGAGAGCUCGACACACAACUGCAGUAGUAGGAGAAGUCCUGUACUGCUGGGGAGGAAGCUGGGAAAAAUUUGAUAAGUCACACGAUUCUCGUGCGAAGAUAGACUAUGCUUCUGUUAUUGAUAAGUUUGACUUAUUAUCUGGUGUUUGGUCCUCUGAAUCUACUGAUGGUACUCCUCCAUUCGGAAUCAGAGGAGUCUCCUGUGCUGCCAUUAAUAAUAAUAUUUAUUAUUUUGGUGGUUUUUGUGGCCAUGAAAGUUGCUACCAUAACAGUUUGAACUGUUUAGACACUUUAACUCUUCAAUGGAAAGAAUUACAACCAACUGGUGACAAUUCUGUGACUAAGAGAGGCUAUGGUGGUAUGAUAGCAAUGGGAAGUGAAGGUGAACCUCAACAGUUACUGGUUAUUGGUGGACUGGCUCCUAAAUCAACUACUACACGGCAUCAUCAGUUUGAAUACCAUAAGAUACCUAGUCGGGUUGAUCGUCUUAGAACUAAUGAACAGAAUAUCUACAACCUGUCUAGUUGUCAAUGGAUUGUUCCAUUUGUCAGUGGACAGUGUUUUCCACCAACUGAUAGUUUUAUCGUUGAAAGGAUCAGUCAUAAUAAAGGAAUUAUGUAUGGAGGAAUAGUGACUGAUCGUGAUAGAAAUAUUUCUAUUAACAGUAUCUACUUGUUUCAAUUAUCACAUAAUACAGUAAGCUGGGAGCAUCUUAAACAAGGAUCAAUACUUAAUGAUGGACUGUGGCCUAAAGCAAGAGGCUCUCAUGCUAGUACUAUUAUCAAUGGUGUCUCUACCUCACCUAUACUAGUAGUGAUUGGAGGAACAGAUAGUGAUAAUAAACUAGUGAAUGAAUGUUUAUUAUUAGACACAAACAAGUACAAUUGGAUAAAGCUUUAG